UGGACCGUCAGGUUUUGGAAAAAGUACCACAAUACAGAAAAUAAUACAUGGCUGGGCAGCAGGUGAAAUGUACCGAGAGAUUGAUGUGAUCUUUCCAUUUAAAGUUCAGAAAUUGAAUUCCAUCGAUGGGGAAACCUGCUUAAAUGAACUGAUAUUAGAUUUCUUUCCCAAUUUCACAAACUACUUAGAGUUUCUGUGGAACAAACCAGAGAAAAUAUUAUUCAUAUUCGAUGACUUGGAUCUUUUCCAGAAACCCAUCGACAUCACUGAGAUGCCAUGUGCCAAUGAUGAUGGAUCUCAGAGUUUCGGGCCUGAACAUUUGUGUGAAAUAUCCCACAUUGUGUGCAGUCUGAUAAAAGGGCAGUUGCUGAAUGGCUGCUCAGUGUUGGGAACAAUUUCCACAUGGAAACUGCAAACCUUUGGGAAAGUCGGAUUAAAUCGGGUUGUCGAUAUCCUGGGCUUCAGUGCAGACACAAUGAAACAACAUUCUCAUAGCUGCUCUGCAGCUGGACGGUUUGCUUCAGAUUUUAUUGAGCAGGAUGAGAAAUUAUACUCCAUGUGCCAUAAUCCUCGCUUCUGCUCGGUUCUAUGUUCAAUAUUGGAAGCCCAGCAGAAAGAAGGAGCCCAGAUACCAGCAUUCACAACCUGUACAAGGGUGUUCCUCACUUAUGUCACUUGUCUUUUGAAGAAAUGUUUAUUUGAUGAUGUUAAUGCUCACAAUAUGCUUCUGAAAUUGGGUAGUUUGGCCUACUGGGGAAUUUGCACCAAAACCAUUGUGUUUAAAAGAGGCCAUUUCAAACAGCAGCAGCUCCUUAUGUCCAAUUGGAUCUCGGGAUUUAUGAUGGAAAUUCAUGACAAUGACGGUAUUGGCUACAUGUUCACUCACCCCAUUUUGAAGGAUUUUGUUGCUGCCCUGUUUAAAUGUCAAAAUACACCAGCUGACCAAGUGAAAAAAAUACUUACUGAAUGGCACAACUGCAUGGACGACAGGUUUAAAUUUUUUUCCCGUUGUUUCAUUGGCCUCUCAUCACCAAAUUCAGUGAAACAAAUUGGGUUUUACUGGGGAGAACUACAGUCUGAAACAGUUUCAAACGUAUCAGUCUGGCUGAAAGACAAAAUCAACAGUUAUGUGCAGAACUUGGAAAGUGAGAGAAACCAAAAAGGUCUCCUUGAAAUAUUGCAUUGUCUCCUUGAAUUUGGAGAUGCCACGCUGCUAAAAGAUGUCUUAACUCCAGUGAAGACAUUCCGAUUCACAAAGUGCCCUCUUAAAACCUUUGACUGUACGGUUCUGUCAAAAGCCUUAAUGAUGGUUCCGGAGAUUGAGGAGCUGAAUCUGGACAGUUGUGGGAUAGGAAAUGAGGGCAUCCACCAGCUGGAGUCAGUGUUACAUAAAUGUGAGGUACUAAGACUCAACAUGAAUAACCUGGGUGAUUUGGGAGUGACACAUCUCUCUGCCAUUCUAAAGUAUUUACAUGUUAGUAAUUAUCAGCAAAUGUUACAGUUCCAUUUCUACUAUUCUGGUACUAAUUUAGCUGAUAAAACAACAAUUACAAUUAACUUGGAAGUUUAA